AUGGCGGUAAACAUUGGAUACAAACAAUUUCCCGAAUUCGACGUUCGGAAUGACCCCGAAACGGUAUACGCGCGCUUCUCAAAAUAUGCUAAGCGGUUCAAGAACAACCACUUGAAAGCCCACAACAUCACAGACAAGCACCAACAAAGAUCAUUAUUCCUAGACUCGAUAGGCGAAGCCACACUAGAUAUAUUCGAACAGCUUGACGAUACGGGAACGGAUUUGGAUGGAGCUAUCACCGCACUACUGAACAAGUUCAAAGAAUCGCAAAACCGGCUGUUCAAUAUACACAAAUUUCGUUGCACUAUACAGGGAAAAGAUGAAACCUGGGACUUGUUCAUCGCUAGGCUAAAACCAGAGGGCGAACACUGUGAUUUUCCGGCAGGGUGGUUGGAUACAGAGAUAUUAAUGCCCAUGAUAACGAACGGCAAAUCAAAGAGUGAGAAGAAAGCUUUUGCAAGACCAACUAACGCUAGCUGAAGCUUUCAAAUACGCUCGUGGCCUUGAGAGUGCGGAUCAACACGCUACAAGAGUAGAAAACCAAACGACGACCGAAGUGACUGUCAAGCAAGAAAUCAAUAAAACCACUGUCGACAAAGGUAGAGAAAAACUGUGUUUUAAUUGCGGGAAACGUUGUCCACACCAGAGGGGACAAAGAAAAUGCCCAGCUUUUGGAAAACAGUGUACGCGAUGUGGCAAAAGAAACCAUUUUGCAAAGGUUGCAAAAACAAGCAAGAAAUUAAAUUAGCCCAAGGAGGCGAGCAAAUAUCUGACACAUCGUCCGACAGCAGUGAUGAAGAGUCCACGUGCACGCUGCAAGAGGUAAACCCCGUGGGACAGUCACACAAUAGGCCCCUAAAAACAGUGCUAAUUAGCGGAGUUGACAUUACGGUACUACCUGACAGCGGUGCUACGGUCAAUGCUAUGGAUGAGGCAACGUUCAAGAAAUACAGCCUAAACAAAAGAGUAAAGGUUAGAAAGUCAAGAUGCCAAAUAAAACCAUAUGGGGCAGUGUCGAAAGCAAACACCCUGCCUGUUCUGGGUUGUUUUGAA